GUUCUGUGAAAUGUCAGGGAGGAAUGGCGCUCGGCGCGGUAUUUUGAACAAUCGCCUUUUUCCUUUCCUCGGUUCCUCUGGAAACGCCGCCCAGCGUCAAAAUCUCGGAGCUAACGGAGAGCUAAGACUCAGCGAACCAUGGAUGUGGUGUCACCCGAGCUCAACAGCCUCCUUCCUGAUGAAAUCAUGGAUACCGAGGCUAUAGAAGAGAUCCCUCUCUCCCAGUCCGACGGCGGCGCGGUCCAGUCGGAGCCAACGCACGACCCAUCUGUCCCGAUGGAAACGGACGCUCCCGUGUCAUCGGAGAGUUUGGCCAUCUGCUCAAACGCCGCCUCAGAGGAUCACGUCCAGACCGUGGCCACCUCCGCAGCGGCAGACUCCGCCCUCGGCGUCGUCCCUGGAAGUCAGUCUUCCAUCACGGUUUCCACUCCAUCAGCCCUGUUCACCAUCAAACCAGCCUUGGCUACUUCUACAGCUAUGACCAAAACUACGGACAGCGUCGCGGGGACCACAGUCUCCACCAGCGGCACGCAGAAGCUCACCGCUCCGUUUGCCAUUUCCGCAGCCAACCACCAGAUUAUCCUCAAUAAGUUGGCCUCAUCUCAGGCCACAGAAGCAGCAAAAGCUGCAGGUACGUCCCCCCAGGUCAUCAAACAAGAAGGGCAAAAACUCUUGGUUACAGCAAUAGGGAAAACCGGGCAGCCGAUAGUGCUCCAGUUACCCCACAGCGCCAGCAAGCCGGGGGUUUCACCCACUUCAGGAGACACCAAGUCUCCGACGCCGCAGUUUAAAGUGGUGACUAUUGGUGGGAGAGAGCUGAAACAAGUGGUGGGGAGUGCUGGCAACCAGGUGACCACAUUACAGGCGCAGCAGCUGAAGACCGUACAGCGUGUCGGCAGCAGAGGCGACCUCCAGACCCAGAAAACCGUGCAACUGCACCAAGUCGCAGUGUCUCAAACUAUACUGCGACUGCUUUGCAAACGGAGAGUUUUGUAACAACUGUAACUGCAACAACUGCUUCAACAACCUGGAGCACGAAACGGAGCGACUCAAAGCCAUCAAGACGUGCUUGGACAGAAAUCCAGAGGCCUUCAAACCUAAAAUUGGUAAAGGCAAAGAGGGGGAGUCAGACCGCCGGCACAGCAAAGGCUGCAACUGCAAGCGAUCGGGCUGCCUGAAGAACUACUGCGAGUGCUACGAGGCGAAGAUCAUGUGCUCAUCCAUCUGUAAGUGCGUCGGCUGCAAAAACUUUGAGGAGAGCCCGGAGAGGAAGACACUUAUGCAUCUGGCUGAUGCUGCAGAAGUGAGGGUCCAGCAGCAGACUGCAGCCAAGACCAAGCUGUCCUCACAGAUCUCAGACCUGCUGAUGAGGACCGCUCCGAUUAUGUCAAGUGGAGGCGGCAGGCUGCCAUACACGUUCGUAACAAAGGAAGUGCUGGAGGCGACGUGCGAGUGCUUACUGGAGCAGGCCAAACGGGCCGAACAGACUCGUCAGCCUCAGGCGGAGGCGGAGAGGAUGAUCCUGGAGGAGUUCGGACACUGCCUCAUGAGCGUAAUCAGCUCUGCUGGCAAAGCUAAGGCGGACUGUGCCUCCAUCAGCUGCUAGGCUGAGCUCCUUCUAACUCUCUAGCCACAAACUCUUCCCCCACCCAGGAUGUGGAGUACUUACUAUCCAGUCUGUGUCGAACACUCUCGGUGCUCUCCAGACCUCUGAAAGCGCAGAGAUCCUCCUGCCUCAGACCGCUGGAGCUGCGCUGGAUGGAAAGGCUCGAGCAGUCUGGACCGUUCAGCCGCUGGAGCUGGAAAACAAAAGGCCGGAGCACAGCGCCCCUGAUGGACGUCCAGCCGUCUGUGAUGCACAGACAGAAGCAGAGCGGGACAUGACUGUCCGCCUGUACCGGCCCUUUAAGGGCCCGUCAGGUCUGACCUCUCCUCUGUCUUUAUUUUGUACUCUUUGCUUUGUCAGCCUGAGGUUUUUCCAAGAAUCCCUGUAAUUUUAAUGUCAUCAGUUUAUUUUGUGCUUAUUGUAGACAAACUGAACAUGUAUCUUUUGAUAUUUAUUUUAACCAUCGUAAUUAGCGUGAGCGCUAUUAUGCGAGGUUUAGAGUCGCAAGGCUAGGCUACGUUAUUUCACCGCGAGCGAGGGAAGGUUUUCUCCACCUGUACAGACACAGAGAGCCCCCCCCCCCCCUCCUCUUAGCAGCCGAACACAUGCUGACUGACGGAGUUCCACGCCUCUCCUGGUGCUUUUUUUUAUGCAUCACUAAAUGCGUUGUUGUACGUUAACACACAGCAUAAGUUGGAAAAACGACGGACCCUGAUGUUCCUGCCGCUGCAUAGCACUGGGGGGAAUGGAGCAGAACGAUAAGCUACUAGAUGGACCUGCGGUUUGCACCAAAUGCUUUCAUCCGACUCAAAUCUUUUCUAAACUCAAGGCGGCACGCCGCUCAGAGAGCCCAGAGUUUUAAAAGCCAACAUUGCUGAAUUAUCGCCACAAUGAAGUAAACUCAUUCCAGAGGUCUGAGUCCUGGAUAACUUUGCUUUGGUGGUGACAGAAGGUCUCAGCUCACUUGUUGCAUUUGUAAAAGAAAAACUUCAAUUCAUCCAGCUGUUAGGAUAUGUUGGUAUAUCUCAGCGUCCAAGCAGCAGAUUAUUUUCUAAACCAGGUUCUGUAGCCUCUGCUCCGCUCCUACCUACUCGUCUUUUUGCCUCUUCCACCUCCAAUACAGACCCGUUUUAGGGACGCACCAAUCCGAAAAUCUGGGCCGAUAUUAAUACUGUUAUGGUCAAGAGCCGAUGACCUUUUUAUUUAUUUAUUUAAUUUUCUUUUCUAUGGAUAUAGAUGGAUAAAUAAGUGCCUUGUAAAAGUACCCCCUCCCCCUUUGCGUUUUUCAUGAUUUGUUUCCUCACAGGCUGGAAUACAUAUGGGUUGUUUGAAA